UCCGGAUGGAGGCAGGUAUAAAAAGGGUGGCGAGGAUGAGCGAAUACCAUCACACUCUUUCCCACUGUCUUCUAAAGCACAGAGAGAACUCCCCCCCACCAAACCAAAUCCAAAAUGAAAUUGAUCGUCGCUCUCGCUUUCUUGGCCGUGGCCCUUGCUGCACCCCAAGGAGAUAAGAAGCCAAUUGAAAUCAUUUCAUCCAACAGCGAAAUGAACGCCGAUGGAAGCUACUCGUUUGCUUUCGAAAGUGAAGAUGGCACCAAGGUGGAGGAAAGUGGCAACCAGAAACAAGUUGGACCUAAACCCGAGGAUAUCGGCACAGUUUCCCGCGGAUCUUACUCGUACACCUCUCCCGAUGGCGUCGUCAUCACCGUCAACUGGACCGCCGAUGAAAACGGUUUCCAGGCCACCGGUGACCAUUUGCCCACACCUCCCCCCAUGCCCGAGCACGUCGUCAAGAUGCUCGCCGACUUGAAGGCUGCCGGACUCCUGUAAACACCUGCACAUAUAAUACCCGCAAACAAACGUAAUCCAAACUCAAAUGAAAAAUCAAAUUGCUCCGGGCCGCUUUGUACAACUUCAAUGGCAUUUGUUUCCCCCCUUUUUUGUGGCGACAAAAUAUACAGACAAUUUACUUCCGUAAAA